ACUAUCCUCGGGAACCGCAUCAGUUAUGUCUUCAACCCCCAAGGGCAAAGCUAUAAAGUAGACACAGGUUAUUCAUCCCCUUCCUACACACUCGACCUUGCUUGUACUGCAUUACAGAAUAACGAGUGCGAUUUAGCCACCAUAGUACAUAUCAACCUGAUUCAGUCUCCCGAGCGACAUGCCACAGUAUCCCAGGGCGGGUUCCUGUGGCUAACAUCUAUCUGCCAUGCCUCUGAUACUUCAGCUGAUGGGUGA